AUGAUUCUCCCUACCAGAGCAAUAGCAGCUGCACGUUGCAUUCCUGAGAUCUUUACCAAUGCCGGCCUAUUCGGAGUCCAGACAGUCUCCAUCAGUACUAAUGUGGUCACGAAUUGGACAGUUGACGCGCCCCCGGGAACUGUAGGUUCCGAUCCGUCAGGCCAUACAGCAGGUAUAGACUUCUGCAACGUCAGCGUUGCAACGAGUCACCCGGGCUGGGGUGAUCAGAUUAACACAGAAGUCUGGCUCCCUCUGGAGAACUGGAAUCACCGCUUACAGAUGAGUGGAGGUGGUGGGUUGGUCACAGGCCUUUUGAUUCCGCAAAUGAAUAUGGCCCUGAGCGAUUAUUAUGCAGUCGUAUCCACGGAUGGAGGUCAUUAUCAAGACGAUCCGAGCACUUGGGCUUUGGCAGGUCCUGGCAAUGUCAAUUUGUAUAACCUUUUGGACUUCUCUUCCUUGGCCUUGUACGAAGCGGCCAUCAUCGGUAAAUCUGUUGUCAAUGACUUCUACAGUGCCCCGCCAGAAUUUUCGUAUUUUGUGGGCUGCAGUACAGGUGGCCGUCAGGGUCUCAUGUUUGCUCAACGCUACCCAGACGUGUUUGAUGGAAUUCUUGCUGCAGCUCCGGCUCUGCGUUUCAACUUUGCCAUCAUCACGGGUUUCUACCCUCUCAUAAUGCUGCUGGAAGAGGGCAUCUUUCCACGACAAUGCGAGUUGGAUGCCUUGGUUCAAAUGGCCGUGCGGCAGUGCGACCCCUUGGACGGUGUCACGGACGGUAUCAUCUCAGCGCCUGAGCUGUGUGAAUUUGAUCCAUAUGCUUUCCUUGGAACGCCAGUGCCAUGCGGUAAUACCGAGGUUAACCUCACGUAUGCGGCUGUACUAGGAGUGCUCACAACUUGGAAUCCAGCUCUGGGGUUUCCUACAGAAUUCUGGCCUGGCUUGGGCACUGGAUCGCCCGUUUUCGGUCUAUUGAACACAACCUGCCAAAGCGUAUUAGGUGAAUGUGACGGUGUUCCAUUUGCUCCUCUCGAACAAUGGGCUCAAUACUUCCUGAAAAAAGAUCCCAGGUACGACUGGCACAGUCUGACGGUUGAAGAGUUGUAUUCGUUCUUGUCCUCUCCAGAGAACAAACUUUACGAGUCGUUCAUAGCCACCAACGAUCCAGAUCUAUCAGGAUUUCGCGACGCUGGUGGUAAAAUGAUCACCUGGCACGGCCUUGCGGAUCAGUAUAUACCACCAAAUAUAUCACGGGCAUACUAUGACAGUGUUACCGAACUCGAUUCAAAUGUUGUUGACUUCUAUCGCUAUUUUCAGGCUCCUGGUGUUAACCAUUGUGGAGGUGGCAACGGACCGUACCCUCUCGGACUAGGUCUCGCGAGCCUGGUUGCCUGGGUGGAAAAUGGAACACCACCAGACGUUCUUCAAGCCGUGAGCCCACCAGGUCCUGAGGGAUUUGAGUAUCAACGACCGAUUUGCAAGUAUCCGUACAGGGCAGAGUACAAAGGGCAGGGGAAUUUGACGCAGUCAGAAAAUUGGGAAUGCCGAUAA